CGAAAUUAUUUAUUUUGUAUUGUAUUAAUAUCUUUUAAAUAAACGAAGGUCUUUGAGAAAAUAUAAUGUCUAGCGCUGACCGGAUCGAUUUCGAAAUGGAAGUUGAGGUUGAAAGUGCGUCAUCUGGACCACCGGUGGAACUUCCGAACCCAACUUCUCCCGCGCCUCCAGCUGCAGGCAAUACGAAGAGCGUGGUGGUAACGACGGCUACAUCGGGUUCAGUUACUGUAUCACUUCACCCGCUAGUUAUAAUGAAUGUCUCCGAGCACUGGACGAGAGUAAAAGCACAGGAAGGUGCACCACAAACUGUUAUUGGAGCUCUCAUUGGCAAGCAAAAGGGUCGGAAUGUUGAAGUUAUGAAUUCAUUUGAACUAGUGUUUGCAAUCAUAGAAAAUGAUAUUAUUAUAGACAGAGAUUAUUAUAACUUAAAGGAGGAACAAUUCAAGCAAGUUUUCUCCGACAUGGACUUCUUAGGUUGGUACACAACAGGGGAGUCACCCACUGAGCUUGAUAUUGCGGCUCACAGCCAGAUAUGUGCCAUCAAUGAGUGUCCAGUCAUGUUGAUGCUGAACCCAGCAGGAAGGAAAGGAGACCAAUUGCCUGUAACCCUCUAUGAAUCAGUAAUAGAUGUAGUGAAUGGUCGUGCAACGAUGCUUCUGGCGCCGUUGACAUACACAUUGGCAGCAGAAGAAGCGGAAAGAAUUGGAGUGGACCAUGUGGCAAGGGUCUCCUCUGGAGAGGCAGCUCUUAAUAGUUUAGUGGCCGAGAACCUCACAGCACAGCGGUCCGCUAUAAAGAUGCUAGUGUGUCGAGUUAGGGCAGUGCUGGCUACAGUGCGGGCGAUACGGGACGGAGUGCUGCCGCCGCAACCGGAGACACUCAGGGAAGCGAGAUCCCUCGCCAACAGGCUGCCUCUCAUCACUUCACAACAGUUCAGGACACAGUUUUAUCAUCAAUGCAAUGAUGUGGCCCUGAUGACGUAUUUGGGAACAAUCACAAAGAGCUGCAAUGCCAUCAACCAGCUAGUGAACAGAUUCAACGUGCUGUACGACAGACAAGGAAUGGGGCGACGGAUGAGAGGACUGUUCUUUUAAACCUAAGUAGUUUUUAUUUUUAUGUAUCGUUCUACACUCAAUUGCUGAUCUGCAUUAUUAAAAUAUGCUGUCAGGCCUGACACUA